AUGGCUUCUGCUUCUUCUUCUUCCCUCGGUUCUAAGCAGUUCCUCGGCGCUUCGAGACUGGAUGGCCUGAUUUCCUCCGAUCUCGGGAAGCUCUCCGUCUCCACCGUUCAAAUCUCUGUUGGACCUCGCACUCUGAGGAGGCUCCAGGUCAAUGCAGCUGGGAGUAUAUACGGCAAUCACUUCCGUGUUUCCACAUUUGGAGAAUCUCAUGGUGGUGGUGUUGGAUGUAUAAUUGAUGGAUGCCCCCCAAGGCUACCCCUCUCUGAAGCUGAUAUGCAAGUGGAUCUUGAUAGAAGGAGGCCUGGUCAGAGCCGAAUUACCACCCCCAGGAAAGAGACUGAUACGUGCACAAUAUCUUCUGGUGUUGCUGAAGGUUUUACAACUGGAACGCCGAUUCAUGUGUUUGUACCGAAUACCGACCAAAGAGGUCAUGAUUACAAGGAAAUGUCUUUGGCUUAUAGGCCUUCUCAUGCCGAUGCAACUUAUGACAUGAAAUAUGGUGUCAGAUCAGUGCAGGGUGGUGGUAGAUCCUCUGCAAGAGAAACAAUUGGAAGAGUUGCAGCUGGAGCUGUUGCGAAAAAGAUUCUCAAGCAAUUUGCUGGAACUGAGGUUUUUGCAUAUGUUUCUCAAGUGCACAAAGUUGUUCUACCUGAGGGUGUGGUUGAUCAUGAGUCACUGACACUUGAUCAGAUAGAGAGCAAUAUCGUCAGAUGUCCAGAUCCUGAGUAUGCUGAGAAGAUGAUCGCUGCGAUUGAUGCUGUCAGAGUGAAAGGAGACUCAGUCGGUGGCGUUGUAACAUGUAUUGUGAGGAAUGCACCACGUGGGCUUGGAUCACCAGUGUUUGAUAAACUUGAAGCCGAGCUGGCUAAAGCUGCUAUGUCACUGCCAGCAACAAAAGGCUUUGAAUUUGGCAGCGGGUUUGCAGGUACAUAUCUAACAGGUAGUGAACAUAAUGAUGAAUUUUACAUGACUGAAGAUGGUAAAAUAAGGACUAGAACAAACCGUUCGGGUGGGAUACAGGGAGGAAUAUCAAAUGGUGAAAUCAUACACAUGAGAAUUGGUUUCAAGCCCACAUCAACCAUCACCAAGAAGCAGAAUACGGUGACGAGAGAUAAACACGAAACAGAGCUAAUAGCUCGCGGCCGCCAUGAUCCUUGUGUCGUCCCAAGAGCGGUUCCCAUGGUUGAAGCAAUGGUAGCCCUGGUGCUAGUCGAUCAGCUAAUGGCACAAUUUGCACAAAACUACAUGUUCCCGAUCAAUCAGGAAUUGCAAGAGUCCUUUGAGUCGCCGAACCAUGCGCCUGCCAAUGUCUGA